UGCGCAGACGCGAUCUCAUGAGAAGCCGCUUUUUCGUUGGUGGUAUCGUUCUACGCUUUCGCACCCAAAUCAAAAAAGGUAUCACAAACGUAUGUAGGCAUAGUCGCAAGUAUAUUCAGUACUUAAGUAUGUGCCAACGAUGUGAUGCAGGACAUCUGGAAGUAUGCUACUGAUACGAAAAUCCACACCGUUUGUCAUUCGGUAGUUUACACUUUCUGAUAUAUUUGUGAAUGCGCUGAAUGGAGACAGAUUAUAGUUGUUCAGGUUCAGACGCUGUCAAUGUCCAAGGGUUGGGGCUAGGGUCAGGGUUGGCGUAAGCCACUUUACGCGACCAGACGACUGCGACGCGUCGCGCAACUUUACAAAAUCGCCGACUUACAGACCAGCAACCCAACACACCACAACAAUGGCACUACUCGUGGACAAACACAGGCCAAGGACUCUCGAAGCCCUGACUUAUCACCCCGAUCUAUCUGAUCGCCUCCGAUCACUUGCCCAAAGCGGUGACUUCCCUCAUCUCCUCGUCUACGGCCCGUCUGGCGCUGGCAAAAAGACACGGAUUGUCGCAACGCUAAAGGAGUUAUACGGACCAGGUGUAGAGAAGAUCAAAAUCGACGCACGCGUAUUCCAAACCACGUCGAAUCGCAAGCUAGAGUUCAAUAUUGUUGCUUCGGUUUACCACCUCGAGAUCACGCCUUCAGACGUCGGCAACUAUGAUCGAGUGGUUAUUCAGGAUCUGCUCAAGGAAGUGGCACAAACACAACAGGUCGAUCUCGCUGCAAAGCAGCGGUUCAAAGUGGUGGUGAUCAAUGAAGCAGAUCAUUUAACAAGGGAUGCACAGGCUGCACUGCGCAGGACAAUGGAGAAAUACAGUCCAAAUUUGCGACUCAUUCUUUUGGCGAACUCAACGAGCAAUAUCAUUGCGCCCAUAAGAAGUCGAACGCUGCUUGUGCGGGUUGCGGCUCCGACGGAGGACGAGAUAUGUGGGGCCCUGAGAAACGUGGGAAAGAAGGAGGGGUGGAGCGAGGUCUCGGGCUUGAACAAGAGAAUCGCGGUAGAGAGCGGAAGAAACCUGAGAAAGGCGCUGCUGAUGUAUGAGGCCGUACACGCACAAAACGAGAACGUAACGGACUCAACACCAAUCCCACCCCCAGACUGGGAAGCCCUCAUCGCACAGGUCGCGGAACAAAUUGUACAGGAGCGCAGUCCGGCACGGCUCCUGCAAGUUCGCGCUUCACUCUACGACCUCUUGUCACAUUGCAUCGACCCUACCACAAUUCUCAAAACUUUGACCUGGAAGCUGAUACCUCUCACGGAUGACGCGCUUAAACCUGAAGUCAUCAAGUGGGCAGCAUACUACGAGCACAGGUGUAAAGUAGGCGCCAAAGUCAUUUUCCACCUCGAAGCAUUCGUCGCGAAGUACAUGCGGUUGUACGAAAGCUUCUUAAUGGGUGUCGACUUCGACUGA